CAUGACUGGGCAGGGCCUGUAGGUGGGGUUGCUCGUCUGCUCAACUGGGAUUAGAUUUUAGAGAGUCCUGUCUGUUUUCCUUCUCUCCCUGAGACUCAUCAACAGUUGGACAGGACAAGGGGUGACAUCUACUGUCACAGACAGGUAUUUUCAAUGUAAGGGGGAGGCCAAAUGUUUAGAUGGAGGAAGAGCUGAGCCAGCUUGAAAGGGACCACUGCCUGACUGUGGUCCUACAAGGAGGCCUGGAGAAAACCACCACGGUGCAUGGCAGCACACCAGUCAUGGAUCUGUUGGUGACUCUUUGCGCAAACUACCACCUGAAUCCCUCCGACUACACUGUGGAGUUUCUGUCUCCUAACAAAAACACCAUUACCUUCAAGCCAAACUCACCGAUUGGCUCCCUGGGAGCUGAGAAGAUUGUGCUGAGGCCGAAAGCAGUGGAAGAAAAAUGCAGUCGGCCAUACAUGCCUGAAGCGACUGUGCGUCUGCUAGUCAGCUACAAUAAAGCCCACAAGACGGUGGUGCGGGUCAACCCAAAACUUCCUCUUGAGAUGCUGCUCCCCCUGGUGUGCAACAAGUGCGAGUUCAAUGUAGAAACGACUGUGCUGCUGGCGGAGGGUCGGGCCAAAGAGCCGCUGGAUCUCACAAAAACCUUGAACGAUCUCGGGCUGAGAGAGGUUUUUGCUAAAGACCUGGCUGCUCCGAAGUGUGAAGAGCUGGAACCAAGGACAUUAGAACCAGUUGCCCCGCCCACAGAAGUAAUUUCCUCACCUCCUCAAAAAGAACUUCAGCCAAAGAAGAACAAGAAUCAAAAGGAAAACUCUCGUUUUCUAGGUCUAUUUCGAAGAAGGAAGAAAAAAACCGAGAUGACAGGUGUCGUUGGCCCUCCUACUUCUCCAGGCCUCCAGAAACAUGCCAAAGAGCUGGACGUUCCCUCUGCCAGCUCACUUGCAGAUGACAUGCGGAAAAAAAGGCCAGCACCACCUCCACCUAUGGGUCAGUCGAUGAGUGUCCCAAGCAACCUUGAGAUCUGCCAUCGAAACGGAGUACAGAAAUCUGCGAAUUGCACCUUAAUAAGAAGCACUAAGAGAAGAGCUCCGCCCCCUCCACGUGGUUCCUCACACCCAGAGCUGCAGGACGACACGGCCGCAGAAGGAACUCGACGCUUGAUGGAGGAUCUAAAAGAAAGUGAUGAGUCAGACUCUUUGAACCUUUCAUGCUCUUCAUCUUCAUCUCCACCCCCAUCCAUCUCCUCCUCAUCCUCUGCACGUCAAUCCUUGACUCAUCUUCCACCCUUUCAAAGUAAGGACCUGACUGAAGCUCACCACGCCCUGGCUAAGGUCCUCACCUCUGAGGUUUCCAAAGGGGCACUGGUGCAGCGUUUAAGGAACAGCAGCGUGAAAUGCUCCUCUUCUCCUGAUACGCUGAAGGUCAGGUCUAGCGAUGAUGUGGUUGUCAGGGGGGAGCACGAGCCCAUUCUCAAAUCCAAACAGCAUUCCGAGGCCGAAUGGGAGGAACCCGCAUGGAGGAAAAGUGUCAACACUUUUAAAGUAUUCCCAAAAACAUCCCAUCCAAAAAUCACAGAAGAGGCCUGUCCAGAGCCAUGUCCUUCUCCACCUCAGCAGGAUUUGGGUCAUGUUCCUCAAGGGUCGCCUCAGGUUGAGGUUGAGGACACUGAACCUUCAGACAGUUCCGACCAGAGCAGGCGGAGUUCUCCUAUCCCAGUCUUGGACCAGUUUUGUUCUGAUGAUCUGAAAGAUCAGGCUUGUCCAGACGUACCAAGUGUUGAAGAUGUGUUGGACGCAGGAGAUGAAGCUCAGGAGGUGAUGUCACCGGGAGCUGGAGAGGAAAAGACACGAAUAGCCGAAGAAGAUAAAGUACCAUUUGACGUAGUGAGAGAGGAAAGAGAUGAGCCUGUGCUGCUGGUGGGAGAGGAGGACUUCUUUCCUCCACCUCCUCCACCUGUCUUCUACAGUGAUGAUGUUCUCACGGAUGCUGCUGCCACUCCUCAUAUAUCUUCUGUCGCUUCAACCCAGACGACCAACAGGCUUGAGAAACAGGAGACCAACAGUGACGGGAUUCCACCUGAGCCCCUGGAGAAGCCUUUCUCAGCCCCGACACGGUUUGCUCAGGCUGUGGCGUUGGCUGUGCAGAGAUCCCAACAGAACAGCCGUGCCAAAGUCAAGCAUGCAGAGGCGUUGGCAAGCGCAAAUGGUGGCCUCUCUUGACCACUGAGGCUGCAUGUUGAGUUUGUGCCUGACUUUUCCUUUCGGAACUGGAGUGCAUUGUAUGUCAGAAUAGUUGUGUGUGUGUGUUCAAGCACAAUGUAUUUUGUGUUAUCCCAUACUUAUACUUACUCAACAUGUGUGUUACCAAGGCCAAAUAAUCCGGACACCAGUUGUUUUACUGAAGAUGUCCUGUUUCCUUUUCAUCUCUUUUUCCUGCUGAAUUUUCCUGUGAGGAUGUGCCAAAGCGGAUGUGAUGCUAAGAUGGAAACUCUUUCAUUUUGCUGAUGUGAGAACUAAUAAUAAUAAUAAUAAUAAUAUUUAGUGGUCAUGCUCUUUCACAAUGUGAGCCUUUUUUCCACAGUAAAACUUUUAAACCUCUGCCUGCAGUGUAGUUUGCUUUCCCGCCAGCAGGUGGCAGAAGCGUAUUACCUGGAAGUUUGAGAGGUCCUUAUCAUUUUAGGUGAAAAUGUAACUGUAUGAAGACUGUCCAAUAUUCUUCAUGUAUUUUGAGAACAUCCAGAAUCGUGUAAUAUUAAAUGAGGACCUCUGAAUCUUCUGA